GAACCUGGGGCUUAACAUACGAUGAUGGUCCAAACUGCUCGCAUAAUGCAUUUUAUGACUUCCUUUCUCAAAACAAACAAAAGGCAUCUAUGUUUUUUAUUGGAUCAAAUGUUGCUGAUUGGCCCUACGAAGCUAAGCGUGCUUUCGCUGAUAAUCAUCAUAUUAGUGUUCAUACAUGGUCUCACCCCUACAUGACUACUCUUACUAAUGAUCAAGUGCUCGCUGAAUUAUACUACACUAAAAAGGUUAUUCAUGAAAUUGUUGGCGUAACGCCUCUUUCCUGGCGUCCCCCUUUUGGUGACGCUGAUAAUCGAAUUCGUGCGAUUGCUCAGCAACUCAACUUGGCAACUAUUAUCUGGAAUCUUGACUCUAAUGAUUGGCAAAUGCAACCUAUGGGCCCAAAGACAUCGGCAGAAGUUGAUGCCAUUUUUGAAGACUUUGUCAAAAUGGGUCAAAAUGGUAGCUUCUCUAAUCAUGGAGCGAUUGCUCUGCAACAUGAAUUAAAUAAUGCAACUAUGUCGAAGGCUCAGCAAUGGUACUCGUCAAUAAAGGGUGCCUUUAAACAUGUUGUUCCUGCCGCCUCUUGUUUAAAUAUGACUCAUCCAUAUGCCGAAACAAAUAUCACCUAUCCAUCAUUUGCUGAGUACAUAGGUAAUAGUAGCAGUCCUACUCCUAGUGGUACAAACAGUCCGAGUG